AAGUUUAGGACUGGGCACAAGCGCGCCAAAUUUCGAUCUAAAAAAGUAUCUGUAAACACUUAUUGCUUGUGAAACUUCGACAGUUCAAAAGAAAUCGGCCGUGAAACAACUGUUAAGCAUUUGAAGGCGAUUGCUAUUACCUAGGCCAGCUUGCAGAUAACUAGUUAUUCGUGAAACUAGCCUAGUCCUAUCGAAAGUUACUAUGUCUAAAAAGAGAGGUCUUAGCCAUGAUGAAAAAAGGCACCGACUCCAGGAGCUAUUUUUUGAGAAGAAAGAUUUCUUUCAACUUAAAGAGCUCGAGAAGAUCGCGCCCAAAGAAAAGGGAAUAACAUCCAUGUCUGUUAAGGAGGUUUUGCAGAGCCUUGUUGAUGAUGGUCUUGUAGAUACUGAGAAGAUUGGGACAUCUGUCUAUUUUUGGUCCUAUCCAAGUAAAGCAAUGCAUACACGAAAGAGAAAAAUUGAUGAGCUGUCUACUGCUGUGGCUGACUAUGAAAAGAAGAUUUCAAGUUCGUCUAAACAAAUCAAGCAAGCAAAUGUUGGACGUGAGGAAUCAGAAAAUAGGGAGUCUCUACUCCAACAACUGGCUGACAAGGAAGAGCUAUGUCAUAAGCUUGAAGCUGAGCUGGAGACAUACCGCGAGUGUGAUCCCGAUGUUCUUGACAAACUUCAGCAGGAAACGGCAGUGGCUAAAGAGGCAGCCAACCGUUGGACUGAUAAUGUGUUUGCUAUCAAAUCUUGGUGUAAGAACAAGUUUAAUGUGGAGGAACAAAUGAUUGAUAAGAACUUUGGAAUUCCAGAGGAUUUUGACUACUUGGAUUAACCUUAGACUAUGAUUUUCCAAGUGGGUAAUUUUCAGGUUGCAGUGACAUCUGUACAUAGUCUCUGAUAGUAUGUUUAUUUAGGGAAGAUAAAUUUUAUGAUUAAACUGCACAUUUCAGGGAA